AAAAUCAGACAACGCAACGGGUGGACCAUGUUAACUGAAAAAUAAUUCUCGAUUAUAAAUUAGUACUUAAGUUAAUUAAUUCACAUACUGAACCUUAACAAUCCAAAAACAUUUCCACCAUGGACCUGCUUCAUCUUUACGAAUGGAUCGAUAUAAUGAGUAUUUUGAUAUUUUCGUGUGUGUUUUUAUUCCUGAGCGAUUAUAUCAGAAAUAAAGUGCCGAAAAACUUUCCUCCUGGACCAUGGUCUUUACCGAUUAUUGGAGACCUUCAUCAUAUCGAUCACAAGAAAAUUCAUCUUCAGUUGGCAAAGUUUGCAGAAAAAUAUGGAGACGUUUUAAGCAUCCGAUUUUUCGGACUAAGAAUCGUUGUGUUGAACGGGUACAAAAGAGUAAAGGAAGUGUAUGUACAACAAGGCGAAAACCUCGUAGAUCGACCCAUGUUACCUAUGAUUUACGACAUCUUUGGAGACAAAGGUUUAGGUAGCUCCAGUGGAUAUAAAUGGAAGCAUCAGAGAAGAUUUGCACUCUCAACUCUUAGAAACUUUGGAUUGGGAAAGAAAAGCCUGGAGCCGUCAAUCCAUCUUGAAUGUUGCUUUCUGAAUGAGACCAUUUCAAGUGAGAAUGGUAUGUACAGAAGUCGACCCUUUAACCCUCAAAUCCUGCUGAACAGUGCUGUCUCAAAUGUGAUCUGUGUGCUUGUGUUUGGUAAUCGAUUUGAGUUCAGUGACAAUGACUUCCAGAAUAUGUUGAAGAACAUCAAUGAGGCUAUGUAUCUGGAAGGAAGCGUCAGCGUUCAACUGUAUAACAUGUGUCCAUGGCUCAUGCGGCUACUGCCUGGACCACACAAAAAAAUGUUUGCUCUGUGGCAGAAGGUGAUUGACUUCGUUAGAGAGAAGGUAGAUACACACAGAGUGGAUUAUGAUCCAUCAAAUCCUCAAGACUACAUUGACUGCUUCCUUGCCGAGAUGGAAAAACUUAAAGACAACACAGCGGCUGGGUUUGAUGUGGAGAACUUGUGCAUCUGUACUCUGGAUCUGUUUGUAGCGGGAUCUGAGACCACCUCCACUACUCUGUACUGGGGUCUUCUCUACAUGAUAAAAUAUCCUGAGAUACAGGUCAAAGUUCAGGAGGAGAUUGAUCGUGUUGUGGGAGGGUCACGACAGCCAUCUUUAUCAGACAGAGACAACAUGCCCUACACCAAUGCAGUCAUUCAUGAGAUACAGAGGAUUGGAAAUAUUGUCCCAUUAAAUUUGCCCCGGGCUACUGUGGAAGACACUCAGAUAGGACAAUACUCUAUUCCAAAGGGUACAGCUGUCAUUGGCAGUUUGACAUCGGUGCUGUUUGAUGAGUCUGAGUGGGAGACACCUCACUCUUUUAACCCGGGUCACUUCAUGGAUGCUGAGGGCAAAUUCAGGCGGAGAGAUGCCUUUUUACCUUUUUCUCUAGGAAAGAGAGUGUGUCCUGGGGAGCAACUGGCACGAAUGGAGUUGUUCCUCUUUUUCUCCUCUCUGCUGCAGCGCUUCACUUUCUCUUCACCAGCAGGUGUAGAGCCCAGCAUGGAUUACAGGCUGGGGACCACUCGAUGUCCCCAACCGUAUAAAUUAUGUGCAUUGUCACGUUAAGACAAUCUAUUCAUACAAACAGGUGUUUGCAUAUUGCUUGUGCCUCUGUACAGUAUAUAUGUACCAUAUAUGAUUUGAUAAAGUAAUAGAAUGUAUUCUAAUUUACUUUGGAUAAGAAACCAUUUGGAAAAUAUGGAAUAAUACAAUGUAUGAGUUGAUAGGGUAUGAGUCUUUAUAUAGGGUGACCAUACAAGCCAUUUUCCUAGGACGCAUCCUUGCCAGGAUUUCUAUAUUGCCUAAAACAUCCAAAGUAGUUUGACCAAUAACAUGUAUUGUACAUAAUCAACCAAUCGUGACGUGUGAGAAGUUGAGAUCUACUGAGAACGAUCAAAGCAAUGCAAAUACACGUACAUGUUUCAGUCUUUGUUUGUUCGUUCCACUUGAAGCAUCGCUGCGCACCGAUCAUUGUAUGACAUUGUAUGAUUGUGAUUCGAAUCCAUAAGGAGACGUCUGCUGUGCUCUCUAUAGCUCUUAAGAAUGUUAUACAAUAAUCGAUCUGCACAAUGCAAACAGCCAAAACCUGGAUAUUUUAGGCAAUAUAGAAAUCCUGGCAAGGAUGCGUCCUGGGAAAAUGGCUCGUAUGGUCAAACUGUUGUAGGCUGCUUUGGUGUAAUUUGCAUAUAGGGUGAAUUCGGGUAAUCAGUGAAAUUUUUAGCAAUUUUGAUUAUGCAAUUUAUUUCGAUAUCUAUCUGACAUUAGAUCAACACAUUAGACUUUUCUGAAAUCCAUAAGAGGAUUUCUAAUUACACCAGAAGAAAGAAUUUUGAUAUUAUACCAAUCUACUGUGUUGAUUCAUUUGAAGUCAUUUAAAACUAUUUAAAUUGUUUAAUAUUUGUUCAACAUUGUAUUAACAUUUUAAAGAAUCAACUAAAAUGUAGGCAACAGCAAGCAGCAAUUUGAUUAAUGGAUUAUUCAGUCAGUUAUUCAAGUUCUCCAUUCUAUUAAAAUUGGGGCUACUCUGGGAACUGCCUCCACUAGCUCUUUGUACUCCGCAAUAGCUCCCUUCAUUCUACUCUCAUUCCAUUGUUUUAGUUUCUUCCUAUUUCUCCCAUUUUCCUUUCUCUUUCUCACCCUUUCUGUUGCCAUCUCUUUUCCUGAAGCUGUGGUGCCAUUGUAUUCUGUAAUACAUUUCAUUGAGUUAAAGGCCAUGGAUAUUUUCAUAUUUUUAUGACCUAUGACUCUGUGGGUGUGUGCACUUUUCUGUGAAAUCACCCCCAUGAAGUUAUGUGAUUUCAGACACAUGACAUCCAUGCUAAAAUUAUAGAAAAAGUAAUGUUGGCUAAAUUUUGUUAGAACAGGAAAUAAACACACUAGAGUUUAGAUGUCCCAGAUUACCCAGUGUUCCACAUUACCCAAUUUACCCACAUUACACCCUACAUAUUUAUUUCUGAAAUGCUGGAAAGUAUUUAAAAGAACAAUACUUCAUAACUGCUCCACCACAGCGUCUGGGAGCAGAAAGAGAAGAAAAGUAACAAGAAAAAAGGG